CCGAGCUCGCCCACGUGUCCGCAGAGAACAUGCUAGCGGUGCACUUCGACCCGCCCGGAGGGCCAGAAAACCUUCACCUGAAGAAGGUGCCCAAGCCGAGCCCGGGAGAGGGCGAAGUCCUCCUGAAGGUGGUGGCCAGCGCCCUGAACCGGGCGGACCUGCUGCAGAGACAAGGCCAGUAUGCCCCACCCCCAGGAGCCAGCAGCAUUUUGGGACUCGAGGCAUCUGGGCACGUGGCAGAGCUGGGGCCUGGCUGCCAGGGCCACUGGAAGAUUGGGGACCCAGCCAUGGCUCUGCUGUCCGGUGGGGGCCAGGCUCAGUAUGUUACCGUCCCUGAAGGGCUCCUCAUGCCCAUCCCAGAGGGACUGUCCUUGUCCCAGGCUGCAGCCAUUCCGGAGGCCUGGCUCACUGCCUUCCAGCUAUUACAUCUACUGGGAAAUGUUCAGGCUGGAGAGUCUGUGCUGAUCCAUGCAGGAUUGAGUGGUGUGGGCACGGCUGCCAUCCAGCUUGUCCGGAUGGCAGGAGCUAUUCCGCUGGUCACAGCUGGAUCCCAGCACAAACUUCAAAUGGCAGAAAAACUUGGGGCAGCUGCUGGAUUCAAUUACAAAGAAGUGGACUUUUCUGAAGCAACACUGAGAUUCACCAAAGGCGCUGGAGUCAACCUUAUUCUAGACUGCAUAGGCGGAUCCUACUGGGAGAAAAAUGUCAACUGCCUGGCUCUUGAUGGUCGAUGGGUUCUCUAUGGUCUGAUGGGAGGAGCUAACAUCAGUGGACCUCUGUUUUCAAAGCUACUUUUUAAACGCGGAAAUCUGAUAACCAGCCUACUGAGAUCCAGAGACAAAAAGUACAAGCAAAGGUUGGUAAAGGCUUUCACGGAACAAAUCCUGCCUCACUUCUCCACGGAGGGACCCCAGCGUCUCCUGCCCGUUCUGGACAAAGUUUACCCAGUGACUGAAAUCCAAGAGGCCCAUGUGUAUAUGGAGUCGAACAAGAACAUAGGCAAAAUCAUCCUGGAGCUGCCCCAGUGAAGGAGGAUGGGGCAAUGCAGGUUAAGACUAACUCAGGCCUGCCCAGAGCAAACUUGGAGGAAAUUCACAGUACAGUAAGCAGGCACUACCCAUGUUAGCCUGUAACACAGGCCUUCCCCUCCCUUCAGGCCCUCACCCCGCCUCAUCAAUUGAUCCGUGCAGAACUGGUAUAAAGAAAUAAAGAGGGUCUCCCCGGUGGCGCAGACAGUUGAGCACAGCGCUCUGAAGCUGUCUGCAGCCUCUGCAGUGCGGGUUGGAUUCCCGGCGGCCCAGGGAGAAACCCACAAGGCGCAGCGGACCUCUCCUGACUCCCCCACUGCUCCCCUCAGCAGUGCUUUGGGUCCAUCUGCCUGUUCUGCUCCCAGCUCUGUCUCUGGGGAAUCCUCUCUCCCCUCCACACCUCUGGCCUGUA